AUGGAAUCAAAUUCGGCAAACAAUGAUGUACGUAAAAUGAUAGAUACACUUGUGGCCGGAUAUCUUGGCAGACAAAAAUAUUGGGAAUCAUUGAAAUGUUUAAUGAAUGAAUCGUCAAUUCUACAUGCUGCACAAUGUGGAGGGGUGUCGAUUGUUUUGGGUGAUACCAUUCAUGGGAAACAUUUGGAAGAAAUCAUCAUUUUAUUCAGUGAAUAUGGUAAUUUUGGUCUAAAUCCAGGCUUGCUUGACUUUGGAGUCAGGCUACGUUCACUUGCAAACGAAUUUACGUCGUUGACAAAUGCCGGUGCGCAUUGGUCUGAUGCCCAGAAAUUGCUUUAUGGCAAACAUUCAACACCAUCGCGGAAUUUUUCACAGCGAUGUUUAUCAGUAACGACUGGAGAGUUAAAUGUUUGUGAAACAAAUCAAAAUAUGUUACCUGCCGCUAAUGCCGAUUCGACGACAAGUAUUUCCAGUCAACAUAGUAAUGGAUCUACUUCUACCAGAAGGAAAUGCACCCAACCAGUGAGUAUAAAUACCAGACGACGGGAAUUCAUGAAAGAAGUAGUUGAACCGGUUGUGCAUACAGCCCAGCAAAUUAUUGACAAUGGAAAUGGCAGUAUCACAGAUCCCAAUUCAUCACUUUCCGCGUUAUCAAUGAUUACAAUUGAUGAAAAUGCCGUUGGUACGUUGGAUCGAUGUAUGGCACAUGAAAAUUUCGCUGAACUUAUUGAAAGUAUUGAACGAGAUUUUCCGGACGGAUUUUUCGAUUCUUUCCCGAAUUCGGAUAAUACGGAGAGCUUGCAUGAAGCUGUUUUUAAUGUUAUAUCAUCGCAGUCCAGCGAAGCUCAACAGGAACAGCCGAAAGAUGACGAUAGCCAAAAUCUGUAUAAUAUUCCUCAUUGUGUGACAGUUGAAGAGUCAAAACCGUUGUGCUCUUCCACACCAACCAAGCUCAAAACUCAGGAAAAGUCUUCCUCAAUGUUAGCAACCUCCAAUUUGAAAGCAUCAUCAACUUCGAAAGAUGAAUCUCGUCACCUGCAACCUAAAGCUAUGCGAAAAAAACCGGUAGUUGCUGAAAGUGCGAUAUUCAAAGAUCGGAUAGAAGUAGAAUGUCCAUAUCUACCGAUUGAGGAAACUGAAAAAGAAGUUGAUGGUGGGCGAGAUUUAUUUUUCUCUCCAGGAAAUUUCAUGAAAUCAUAUGAAGAUUCUUCUGGCAAAGCGAAAGUGGACCAGUUGGAAAUAUCUGCAGGCUGGAGGAAACUUGCUGAAUUAUGUGAUGAGUCAAAUAGAAAAGCUGUAGAGAGUGAGGAAUGGAAGGCAACACAGAAAAACAAUAGUUUAGAAACGUGCAAACCGACAAACAAAAAGCCGAAAGAUAACGGAGCUAAAUAUCCAUCAUCAUCCUCUACUGAUUUAGAAAUGAAAAAGAAACCUGUUCAUAAUAAUACUGGUGUUACCGGUCAUCAAGUGGAAAAAUAUAUUGAUGAUAAAGGAACUGUACAAAACAAAAAAUUCACUUCAAAACCAUUCAUCGAACGAGAAAUCGAGCUCUUAUUCGAAAAUUCAGAUGAUCAAGAUUGCGGAAAAACUCAAAAGAUUGAUGAGUGGAAAAGUUCAGAUUUUGCGCGUGCUACAUCAGCAAAAGAAAACGGAGAAGGAUCGGAGGAUAGAGAUGAGAUUUCCGGAGAUGAAGGUUCGAGUGUUGGAUACUGUCAACGUCAGGUUUCAACCAAAUCUGUUACGAACAAGAAAAAAAGAAAAUAUCAAAAAAAAAAGUCAAUAGGUAAUGACUUUGCUUGUAAUUCAAAGAUUUCUGCUGCUAAAAAAAAGCAAUUAGAAGAAUUGUAUGUUAGUUCACCAGUACGAGAUACUGAUCAACAAAGUGAUAGCUCUCUUACUGGAGGUAAUUCCUUACAUAAAACCUCAGAGCAAUACAAAAAGGAGAAAUUUAGAAAGGUCGAAGAAGAUCGUGAAGAAGCACGAAUAAGUGCAGAAAGAAGAAAAAAAGAGAAAGAAUUUUUAAUGAAAAAGGAAAGAGAGGAAAUUGAAAGGCAGAAGCGUGAAGUAGAAGAAAAAGAGCUAAAAAGAGCAGCUGAAAGAGAGCGAAAAAGAAGGGAGGAGGAAGAACGUGAGGCACGUGAGAAAGAACAGCGUGAAAAACGACGCAAAGAACGUGAAGAUCGUGAGAAAUUGAAGAGGAUGAAAGAAAAGGAAGAUAAGAUGAGUAGCAGUUCCAAUUUAAAAAGACAACGAGAACGAUGUAGGGAAGGAAAAUCAAAAAAAGAGCUAAGAAGCAUUUUGCAUUUCGACUCUAAGAAUGAUGAAGCGGAUGAAGCAAGCAUUUUAGAUAGACUGUUUGGAGAUGGUGAUGGUUUGAAGCCUGCAACAAAGAAUUUAGGUAAAGAAGAGGCAAAAAGAAAAUCUGAAGAAAAGCCUUCAUUUAUUCAGAAAGGUGUCGAAAAAACGAAGGUCAUAAAGGAGGAAUGUCGUGCAAAAGGGGGAAAAUUAGAGCGUGUUUUUGAUAUUAAAGCAAUAAAAAAUGCUAAGGGAAGUGGUUCAAAUCGACCAGAUGCAUUGGAUGAUCUCUUUAAUUGCCUUGCUGCAAAGCCCGGUACGUCACGGAAGGAAGAAACAGAUGUCAUAGAAAGUAAAUCAUACAAAAAAGUAGUGUCAGGAAUCAACAAAGGAAGGGAAAAUUUGCUGGUUGGGGGUGGACAUUCAGCUAGAGUUGGUAUGGUAUUAGAGAAGGCAACACGCAUACGGACAAAGUAUGAACAUGAAGAAAAAUUAAAGCAGGAAUAUCGCAAGGUGGAAGGUAUCCGGCGUGAGCACAACACUCGUAAGAGAAUUCUGGAUUUACCUAUUCCAAAAACGCCCGAUCUUUCGUCGCAACCACUGAAACCUGAUAUGUCGAUGCAUAAUGAUUCGUUACGGCGGAGUGUAUCAGCGAAAAAUAUCAGUAACUGUUCGGAAACAUGUGCAAUGGCAGGUGCUUCAUCAAAAAUUCCCGUGUCGUCAAAAUCUACAACAACUAUUUGCUGCUCUUUUUCCAGCUCAAAUGAAUCAAAAUCGUUACAUCACAAUGAAUCAUCCGGUAUCGGUUCUCCAAGUAUCCAAGUAAAAAAGCCUCGCCUAGAUAUGGCAGCUAUAGAUGCUGUAUUGCAAAGUUUACAUGGUUUGGAUAAAGCCUCCUCUUCUUCUCAGUCAUUUUCUACAGCUUCUGUUUCUGGAUCAUUGACAUGA